AUCAAUUUGACAUUAUGCCAAAAGUAAACAUUUUUGGCCGAAAGCGAAAGCUAUAAAAAGCUCUUCUCUUUAGUUACUUAGCCAAGGCUAAGUCUGUACAGUAAACCUAGAUCGUGCUUCACGUUCAAUUUUUUAUGAGGCUUCAGUUUUACGAACGAAGUAAAAAUGAACGAUUUGCCCGAGACCAGCUGCAGCAAUGAAGCAACUGAUUUGGAAACCAUCGAUUACCUUAGAGGUGUAAAAUCAUCAACUUGCUUGUUGUUGCCCAUGACUCCAAGUCCCACCCCUUUAGACUUUAAGCAUCCUCUUUCAGAAGAAAUGAAUGAAGGACAAUUCCUUAAUAUAACAGAAGAUUCCAAGAUUAGCAGUGCAAUGCAAAAUUCAGAUGCUUCUGCAGGUGAUUCUAGCUCAUCUGGAGACUCUAAUUCUGUGGUUCAAGACCCUGUUAGUGCACAGUUAAUAAACAACAUUAGCAUGUUGGAUUACCAAACCCUUAGUAAGAAUGGUGAUCUUAUUGUUGGACAACCUGAAGGUUGUAAAAUCAAUGGCAACCUGAAUGUAAACAACAGAAAAUUACCAAACUUUGUGAAUUGGAACUGGGUUAUUAUUAGAAAAGUAUUACUGUGGGUAGUUCUCUCAGGACUUGUGGCUUGUUUAGGGGCAAUUAUAGCUAUGGUCAUUACCAUACCUAAGUCGUGUGAUCCAGAUUUGCCAUGGCAUCAAGGUAAAGUUUUUUAUGAAGUAUUUCCAGCUAGUUUCAAAGAUUCAAAUGAUGAUGGAUUUGGUGAUUUAAAAGGUCUAAUAAAGAAACUUGAUUAUAUCAAAGAUCUAGGGUGUAAUACAGUUAGACUUAAUUACAUAUUUGAAGCUCAAGAUUACCCCGAAAAUUAUAAUCAUGCAACCUACUUACUUAAAGUCGAUAGAAGUUUGGGUGUUCUAAAAGAUUUUCAAGAUCUAGUAAAAGCAAUACAUGAUAAAGAAAUGUACAUCAUUUUAGAUAUCCCAGUAUUAAGUAUGGUUGCAUCUACAGAAAAUAAAAAUACUAAUCAUUCUUCAGUGUUGACAAAUGAUACAUCAGUAGGCUAUAGUGACAUGUCUGCUGCUAUUAAGUUUUGGUCCCAAGGACAAAAUGUGGAUGGAUUUUACUUAAAAAAUCUGGAAAACUUUGUUGAUGAUGUGAAUUUUGCAAAGUCACUGCAGAUUUGGAAGCAUAUUAUUGGAAGUGGUAAAAUAUUGAUUGCUAGUGAAAAAGCUUUAGAGCUAACUAAAGGUGAUGAUCUUACAGUUUUCCUUAAUAGAAUAGACCUUAUUGAUGUUUAUUUAGAUUUAAAUGAAGGUGUUAAAGGCCUGAAAAACCAUAUUGAUAAAGUUGUCUUUGGAACUUUAAGGGCUAAAGCACAUUAUCCAUGGAUUCUGUGGAAUGUUGGUAAUGUUAACAGUGAAAGGGUUUCUUCCCGAUUUUCCAAUAAUACUCUAGCUUUAACUGCUCUCGAAAUGUCAUUACCUGGUACUAUAAGUUUGUUCUAUGGCGAUGAAAUAGGUCUGAAAGGUUUAUCUAAAAAUGAAGUUGAAAAAGAUUUUCAUGAAUAUAACAAAAUUCAUAAUUUAGUAAGUAUGAGUUUUACUGGCAAUAAUGAAAGUGCAGCCAUUUUACCAUGGAAUUCAAAACCUAUAUCUGGACCUAGAUAUCAUUAUUUUAACAUUAUAAAGAAAUUUAUUGAAAUUAGAUUGAAGACACCGACAAUUUAUUUGAGAGCUAUUUUUAAAGAUGGCAGUGCAGCUAGGAAUAUGAAAAUUCGUAUAACUGAAGAAAAUUUGUUUAUUAUUGAACGUUGGUUUCCACGGCGCAACAGUUGCGUUUUUAUUGGAAACUUUGGUGGUAAGUCAAUUUCAACAGAUCUGUCAUCAAUGUUUUACAGUGGCACCAUCAUGGCCAGCACAAACAGUUCCUUUGUUGGACAAGUUCUGUACUUUGAAAAUGUUACAUUUUCACCAAAUUCUGCAAUGAUUUUAAAAUUAGGAAAGUGAAAUAUUAAUAUUUAAGACUAACAAUCGAAGUCGAAACUAAUUUCAAGCUAAUUUUUGAUAGGAAAUAAGU